AUGACUUUCCCCAAGUUCUCAUUUUCUCGGCCAGGCAAGCGAUCGGCGACCAAGGGCGUAAAUCCCGUCCUGACUGUGAUCGAUAACUCCUUGACACAACAGUACACGGUGAAGCUGCCUCUCUUCGUCCCCAGUACAUCACAACCAACACCCCACACGUCGCAUAGGGAUGUGGCAGAGAUGUUGGACGAAGACGACUGCGCCUGGGGUUCACCUCCAAGACGAAGCAAACGUAGUAAAUCAAGGUGUUGA